AUGGAACUGGCGACGGGAGCCAUGGGCUCCCUGCUCCUCAAGCUGGCCGAGCUGCUCAAGGAGGAGUACAAGCUUCACAAGGACCUCAGGAAGGAAGUGGAGUCUCUCUCACUAGAUCUCGAGAGUUUGCAUGGCGCCCUCCACAAGGUGGCGCUGGUGCCGCGCGACCAACUGGACGAGCAGGUCUGGAUCUGGGCUCGCGAUGUAAGGAAGGCGUCGUACGCCAUGGAGGACAUCGUCGACAACUUCCUUGUGCGCGUGGACGGCGGCCAUGACCAUGAAGCUGAGGCCAAGAAGACUGGCGUCAAGCGGUUCAAGGACAAGGCGAGGAACAUGUUCAACUUCAAGAAGCUGGCGGACCGCCGUAGCAUCGCUGGAAAGAUCCAAGACAUCAAGAACCAACUCCAGGCUGUGGCCUUGCGGCGUUCCAUGUACAAAGUCGACGAUAUCGUGGCCAAGCCUGCUGCGACAACAUCGACCAUGGAUGAUCCUCGCCUCUUGGAUCUGCAUAGAGUGACAAAGCUCUUUGGCAUUGAAGAGCCACGGGAGGCGCUCAUAAGUAUGUUGGCCGGGGAGGAGGAUGGUCAAGGUGUGCACCAAGAGAUGAAGAUAGUCUCCAUCGUCGGAUAUGGCGGACUGGGCAAAACCACCAUUGCCAAAGCUGUUUAUGACAAGCUUAAGGUGAAAUUCCACCGUGUGGCUUUUGUUCCGGUCGGUCAGUAUCCAGACAUGAAGAAAGUUUUCAUGGACAUUCUAAUCAGCCUUGACAAGCAAAAAUAUACGAAUUCCAAUAUGACCAUAUUGGAUCAAUGGCAGCUCAUCGAUGAAAUCAAAGAUUAUCUACAAGAUAAAAGGUACUUCAUUGUUAUCGAUGAUAUAUGGGAUACAUCAACAUGGGAAUUCAUAAAAUGUGCUUUUGUGGAUAAUUAUCUUGGAAAUGUGGUAAUCACAACUACUCGCAAAUCACAAGUUGAUAUGGGUGGUCUUGUUUACACACCAAAACCACUUUCUUAUAGGGACUCCCAAAAGUUAUUUUAUACAAAGCUAUUUGGUGCAGAGAAAUGCCCUGAGAAAUAUAAAUCAGCUGGCGUGUAUGAUAAAAUUACUGAGGUGUCUGAAAAAAUUCUGAAGAAAUGCAAUGGUUCUCCAUUAGCCAUCGCUACUGUAAGGGCAUAUUUAUCCCUAAGUGUUUUGGUGAUUGAUGACAAUACUCGUGCAGACUAA